AUGAAGCCCUUUGGGCAUUUGGUAUAUUUCCUGUCUCUUCUGCUGGUAGAGCCCUCUCAAUCCUACGAUCUUCAAAGUCCAUCCUACAUUUUAGCCCAAAGUUACGCACAAAGAAGAAAUAAUGCCUUUCCAUACAGGACACUGAACCCAGCAGCAACAGACUCCCAGUGUAGGAGCCGCCCAUUGGACCUGGUCUUCAUCAUUGACAGCUCACGUAGUGUACGUCCAGGUGAGUUUGAGAAGGUCAAGAUCUUCCUGGCUGACAUGGUAGACACUCUUGAUAUCAGUCCCGAAGCUACACGUGUUGCUGUGGUGAACUAUGCCAGCACGGUCAUAAUCGAGUUCCUGCUGAAACACCAUCUUACAAAGGACACUAUAAAGCAAGCCAUCAACCGCAUUGAGCCCUUGGCAGAAGGCACUAUGACUGGAAUGGCCAUCAAGAAAGCCAUGGACGAAGCCUUCACUGAAAAUUCAGGAGCACGGCCGAAAUCAAAGAACAUCUCCAAAGUUGCCAUAAUUGUCACAGAUGGACGUCCUCAGGACCAAGUAGAGGAGGUGUCAGCUGCAGCUCGGGCUUCAGGGAUUGAAAUCUAUGCAAUUGGAGUGGACAGGGCUGACAUGCGGUCAUUAAAGCUCAUGGCCAGCAAUCCACUUGAGGAUCAUGUGUUCUACGUGGAGACCUAUGGUGUGAUUGAGAAGCUCACAUCGAAGUUCCGGGAAACGUUGUGCGAUAUGGAUGCCUGUGAAAUUGGACACAGCUGUCAACACAUUUGUGUGAGCAAUGGUAACUCCUAUUACUGCAAAUGUCACUCUGGAUUUGUCUUGAACGAGGACAAGAAAACAUGCUCCAUUAGAGGUGCUGGUGCUUACGGCCAUGGUAACAGUGUACGCAAGGGUGACCACAACAAUAACCAUGGUGGCAACGAAGAUAGUAAAGGUACCGCUAGUGUGGAUGCCUGUGUGUUGGGCCACGAUUGUCAACACACUUGUGUCACCAGUGGUUCUUCAUAUUACUGCACAUGUCCCCCUGGCUUUGUCUUGAUGCUGGACAAGAGAUCGUGCUUCAAAGCCAUUGAUGAUGAUGGCGAUGGUAGUGCCAGUUUGGACCACUGUUCACUGGGUCAUGAUUGCGAACACAUUUGCGUCAAUGAUGAGUCUUCAUAUCACUGUGAGUGCCAGCGUGGUUUUGCAUUGCAGCAAGACAAGAAAACAUGUUCUAAAACAAAGGUAAAGGUGGAGGUAAUUCAGGACCCCUGCAUGUGUGAGGCCCGACUAGCUUUCCAGAGGAAGACACAAACCUCCAUCCAGGAACUCAAUGCCAAACUUGCUACUCUCACAAGAAAGGUUGAGCAAAUGGAAAACAUGCUAGGACGCAUGUAAUUGUGCAAUUCUUGGGUCAACAUUAUCUGUGAGCUUACAGCAAUUACACUUGAGUGGCUAUGAGGCACUGGACAACAGGACAGCUUUCUUUCAUCAACAAAGCAAUAUCACGGUGAUCUCAUGAACAUCCUUACGGCUUUAAAAUAUCUGGAGCACAGUGGCUGAUGUUCAAAUGAUGUGCCCAUAUUUUAUAAAUGCUGUUUUAGAUCUGGUAUUUAAAAUAUUAAUAGAUAUUAACAUUUAAGUCUUUAAAAAAAGAGGUGGAAAGAGGAUGUGCCUUUGCUGCCCAUGAAUGUUUAUUGGAAAAUGUAUCAGUCAUGCAUUUAAAUGAGUAGUGGUCUUAUAUUGUAUUCUGCUUAAGAGAUUUAAUUUAAAUACACAAAUUGUAUGUUAUAUAUCUAUUGUAAACUAUUUUGCUGUGUAAUUGU